GGACGCCUAGAAAUGUAUGGAAUUGGAUUACAUUUCUCAGAGUGUUUUCCCAAAGGUCAAAUUUCAUGGGCCAUCUGUUGCUCAGAUGUGAAUGAUAUCUGGUUCAGUGUUAUGGCAUAAAGUGGACCUUUUGAAACUAGAAAAGCUAAUUAUGUGGUUGUGAGUGCCUUGGCUGGUGUUAGAAUGAUGUUUCGAUGGUUAUUUAAAGUUCUAGGGUGCCUUGCUUGUUUAAUUUUCAGAUAAUUCUCUUUGUAAAUGUUCAGUUAUAACAUCGAAUUGCAAUUACUGUUGGUUCUCUGUCACAAUGGCUGUUGUACCGAAAUCAGGUCAGUCUUAAAUGCUGACUUGAGGACUGAUUUCUAAGACAAGAUAAUCUGGAAGGUAGCUAGAGGAUUAUCCCUUAUAAAAUGUCAGGAUAAAACAAGGCUUCAUUUAUACUUGAUUUGUUUCCUGAGGGGGAUGUAAAAGGGCAGAACUCAGUAGAGUUUGGGGAAGUACCCAUUUCACUAAGAUCAGUAGAGCUUUGGUCCCCCAAAAUUGAAAUCUAGGACAUUUUCUUUUCUUUUUAAACUUGCUUAAAAGAGUGACAGAUCUAUCCAUCCACUGGUUCUCUCCCCAGAUGCCCGUAGCAGCCACUGCUGAGUCAGCUAAAGCCAGGAGCCAGGGACUUCAUCCAGUUCUCCCACGUGGGCGGCAGGGCCAGGCAGGUGAGCUGUCAUCUGCCUCUCAGGGUGCGUUAGCAGGGAGCUGGGUCAGGAACUAACCUUCACUCUGUGGGAUGCAGGCGGCGCAAGCAGCAGCUUAGUAACCUACCGACGACAGCCGCCCCAGGACACGACCUUCUCCGUAAGACCUCCAGUGAAGAUGGAAAGAACGUGCGCCUGAGGGGUGGGAGGUGGAGGCUUAUUUUAAGGACAAUCAGUACUGAGUUAUCAUUUCAGUGACCACAGUAGCCGCAUUCUGAAGGGCAGCUUGCCCAUCUGCUGGUUCCCGCCCCAAGUGACUGGCACAGCUGGAGCCAGGAACUCGGUCCCCGUCUCCCACCCUGGUGGCAGGGACCCAAGCACUGUCGUCACCUGCCUCCCAGGGCUCACAGCAGGAGCCUAGAAUCCGGGGUGGAACUGGGGCUGAAAACCAGGCGCUGCCGUGUGGGGAGUGGGCACCUCGGCAGCGCCUUCCCACUGCGCCUUUAAAAGUGGGCCCAGCCUGUGACGUCUCCUUUUGACACCAGCUUGCUGGGCUUCCUUGAACUAAGAGUGGAUAAUGAUAGACACUGCCAAGAGCUCAGUAGGGGAGGGUGCCUUUCCUCAGGGAGAACAGUGGAAAUACAUGAGAAUUUACGGUGGGUAGGAUUUACAGCCGCAUUUGAGCUUUGUCCCUUAACUCUGAGGGAGACCUACAGAUAUUACAACCACUGGGUCCCUCCCCAAGAUGCCUGUAAUGUCAGGAACGGACCAGCCAAAAGCUGUUGGAACACCUGUGUCCCAUGGUCAGGUUACGGUUUCCAGCUUCUUGACAGUGCUACCUGAGAGGCAACAGACGAUGGCUCAGGUUCUCGGACCCCGGCCACCCGUGGAGACCUGCAUUGAGCUCCAGGCUCCUGGCUUGGGCCUGGCCAAGCCCUGGCUGUUUAAGGAGUGAACCAGCAGAUAGAAGAUGGCUGGCUGGCUCUCGGGGUGUGGGGUACAGUGGGGGAAGCUGCUACCCGGGACACAUAUCCUGUAUCGCGGUGCUGGUUGAAGUCUGCCCUGCUUCCAUUCGGCUUCCUGCUGGUAGUGCCUGGGAGGCAGCAGAUGAUGACCCGAGUCCUUGGUCCCUGCCACCCAUGUGGGAGGCCCAGAUGGAGUUCAUGGCUUUUGACUUUGGCCUGGCCCUGGUGUUGCCAGUUUGAGGAGUGAACCAGCAGAUGGAAGGUACUGUGCUCUCUCUGCCUUUCAAAAUAAAGUGAAAAUGGGGUAGGGGCCAUGGCUGUGGUAUAGCAGGUAGAGGCAGCCUGAGGCACUCACAUCCCGUAUGGGCACUGGUUCGAGUCCCGGCUGCUCCACUUCAGAUCCAUGUCCCUGCUGUUGCUCCUGUUCUGAAAGAUCAAUAUUAAUUGUAUGCUUGCUGCUUCAGUGCACUGGCAAGACCACCAGCCGGGGUUCUAGGCCGACCUUCCUGCAGAUUAGCCAUGUGUUGUUCUGAGUCAGUUCCUUACUAAUAGGCACUGUUUCUUAACCAUCUUUGCAAAUUCAGAUGUGUUUCAAAUAGAUUUCUCCUGGUUUAUGGCUCAGGAAAUAGGAGCGGAGGUUACUGGUUAUGCCUGGGUCUUAGCUGAGUCGGUGAUGGGUCCAGGAUCUGAAUCUGGUCCUUGCUGCUUUGAGCUGUCAGCUCCUAGCUGCUGUGCUCAUCUCGUUUGGAGAUUUCGGGCAGUAAUACCAGCUGAGUACUUUUUAAAAUUCUAGGUCAUGACCAGUUAGUGGAAACGUAAUGGGUCACAAGCAGCUUUGUACAUUUGUAAUGGAAGGGGAAACACAUACCAGUAUUUUGUGAGACCAGUUCCAGGUUGUGGACGUGGGUGGUGAUGUCAGACUGGUGAGAUAGGAAAUGUGAGUUAGGGUUGCGCCUGGGUUUGAGCCCAGAUUCCAGCCUCGGAUUUUUAAUUUGGGCUGGAGUGCAGCUCUGGAGUAGCUGGGUUUCUUAACUCAAAUGCUUAUCAAGAGUUGUCCAGUUAAUGCGAUUUGAACAAGAGGUUGUAAGAGUUCUCUUGCUACCUGGGGAGUGAUGUAUAUUCUACGUGUUUGCAGUGCCAGUGGCAGUGAGCUGACAGUCCGUUUCGCUCGGCAUUGGCUUUGCCCUUGUUCACCAUACGUGCUACCAAAGACAGGAGCUUCACUGUUGGCCAGGCUGCCUAGGAAGCCGUCACAGUUACUAAUCUUUAGUAGAACAAGUCUUUUACAGUCGACUGUAGCAGUCCAGCUGGGAUUUGUAGCCUGGGUUUCCUGCACUGCCAGAGGUCUAGAGGACUUGAACCACAUAAUUAGGUCUGGCGUAACCUUCCCAUUGUUUUUAAGUCAGGUUAUUUGUGUUUGCUUGAAAGGCAGAGUGACUGAUCUUCCAUCUGCUGGUUCAUUCCCCAAAUGCCUGCAACAGCAGGGCCUGGGCCAGGCUUAGCCAGAAACCAGGAACGCAAUUCACGUCUCCCCUGUGGGUGAUAGGAACCCAAGUACUUGAGUCACAGCCUCCUGCCCCGCUGGGUGUGUGUGCAUUAGCAGAAGCAGGGCAGGCCUGGAGUCGGCCCUUCACGAUGGAGAGAGGCAUCUUAACCAGGGCCGGACACCUGCCGCCCGUUUCCUUUUUGUCUUUGUUUUUUUAAUUUAUUUGUUUCAAAGCCAGAGUUACAGAGAGGCAGAGAAAGAGAGAGGUCUUCCCUCUGCUGGUUCACUCCCCAGGUGGCCGCAAUGGCCAGAGCUGCACCACUCCAAAGCCAGGCUCCGGGAGCUUCUUCUGGGUCUCCACGCAGGUGCAGGGGCUCAGAGACUUGGGCCAUCUUCCACUGCUUUCCCAGGCCACAGCAGAGAGCUGGAUCAGGAGUGGAGCAGCUGGGACUCGAACCAGCCCCCAUAUGGUUUUGCUGGCCCCAAAGAUUUAUUUUUUUUUUUAUUUUUUUUUUAUUUGAAAGAGUUGUGAGAGGUAGAGACUGAGAGGUCUUCCAUACACUGAUUCAUUCCCUAAAUGGCCACAGCUGGAGCCAGGAGCUUCUGGGUCUCCCACGUGGGUGCAGGGGCCCAAGCACUUGGGCCAUCCUCUGCUUUCCCUGGUACAUGAGCAGAGAGCUGGAUCAAAAGAGGAGCAGCCAGGAUUUGAACCAGCGCUCAUAUGGGAUGCCAGUGCUGUAGGCUAGGGCUUUAACCCACUGCACCAUGGUGCCAGCCCUUUGCCACCCAUUUCUGUCAGUGUGUACCGACAGUGCCAAAUAUCCCUGCCACUGCUUUGCCUUUGGGGACCACUCCCCACCAUCAGACUUGAAUAGCUUGGGUCCUGGAGGGACAGCGGAUGACUUGUUUCUCAUCUUUAGUUUACAGUACAGGUGUUUUACCUGUCUGGAGUUACUACCAAGUGCUCUUCAUUCUAGCCCUGUGGGUCUUCAGAUAGCCCUGUGUAAACCAGAGGGAAAAUAAAAAAGGCCCUGGAUGGCCGCCGCUGCGGCUCACUAGGCUAAUCCUCCGCCUGCGGCGCUGGCACUCUGGGUUCUAGUCCCAGUCGGGGCGCUGGUUCUGUCCCGGUUGCUUCUCUUCCAGGCCAGCUCUCUGCUGUGGCCCAGGAAGGCAGUGGAGGAUGGCCCAAGUCCUUGGGCUCUGCACCCGCAUGGGAGACCAGGAGAAGCACCUGACUCCUGGCUUCAGAUCAAUGUGGUGCGUGGGCUGCAGCACACCGGCUGCAGUGGCCAUUGGAGGAUGAAACCAACGGAAAAAAGGAAGACCUUUCUCUCUGUCUCUCUCACUGUCCACUAUGCCUGUCAAAAAAAAUAAAAAAGAUCUGGGUUUGAGCCGUUGUGACUCUUCAUUCUGACUACUGGAACUUAUUAGCAACCUUGGAGGAGUCACCAGCAAGAUUUCUGAAGACCACUGUGUUCUGACCACAACUUGCGCUAGGAGAGUACCUGGGAUGAGAUUGGUAGCCCUUUGUGUGUGUGCUUGUGAUUUAGGAGUGGAAAGGACUGGGGUAGAUGGCAGCUCAGGCUCCUGUGUUCAUUCGCUGGCGAGUCAGGGAUUACUAGGUACCAACACUUUAAAUUGAUUGAUUGAUUUGAAAGGCAGCAGUAGAGAGAUCUUCAGUCUACUGCUUCACUCUACAAAUGGCUGCAAUAGCCUGGUCAGGGCCAGACUGGAACCAAGAGCCAGGAACUCCAUCCAGGUCUCCCAAAUGCAUGGCAGGGGCCCAAACACUUGAGCCAUUAUCUGCCGCCCCCCAGGCACAUGAGCAGAGAGCCGGAUUGGAAGUGGAGUAGCUGCCUGCAGCCCGGUGGUGUGCUGCGACUACCAGCCUGGUGCUGGAACCUUCACCUUCACUUCAUAGCUGGGAUCUUCAUCUCACCUGAGACAGGCGCACGGCCUCUUCAUGUGAGUCAGCGGGUGAAGGAGUUUCCAAGUGUAAAAUGGCUGUGGAUGAGCGCAGCCUAAUUUGGGAGUGGAAAGUUGUGACAGUGAGAAGAUCAACUGCGCCAGGAGCAGACCUAUUGCCCUAGAUUUUCAAGGACAGACACAAAAAGAAAAUGACAGUGUGACUUGGGAAUGCAAAGUUUAAAAAAAAAAAAACUAUUAAGCAAUGGUUUUUCUUCUAAUUAGCAUCCUCUGAUGAGAUUCAUGGGGGAAAGGUCAUUCCGUUGAAAUAAAUGAAGAAAAAUGACUUCGACCCAGAGAAGGACAGCCAAGAAGAAAUGUGCUUGUCUUUGGGCAAGAGUUAACCUCAGGCCAGGGUUCAAAGUUCUGCAGGCAUCGAGUCACUUGGGUGCCUGUUGACUGGGUGGGUCUGAGGGGUGCCUGGUGGGCCAUUUGCAUUUCUGCCAAGUUCUUUAAGAUUUAUAUAUUUGAAAAGCAGAGUUGAGCUGUAAUUGUCGCCGGCACCGCUCUGUUGCCCUGGAACCUCCUGGCCAAGCAGCAUGACGUCCGCUUUGGAAAACUACAUAAACCGAAUUGUAGCUGUUAUUACUGCCGAUGGGAGAAUGAUCGUGGAAACACUGCAAGGCUUUGACCACACCAUUAAUUUGAUUUUGGAUGAAAGCCAUGAACGAGUAUUCAGCUCAUCACAGGGAGUAGAACAAGUGGUACCAGGGUUAUACAUCGUAAGAGGUGACAAUGUUGCAGUCAUUGGAGAAACUGAUGAAGAGACAGAUUCAGCACUUGAUUUGGGGACUAUUUGAGAAGAACCUCUGAACUCUAGCACACUGAGGAAGAACUGUAUACAUUGGACAUCUGUAAAUCUCUGUAUAGAAACUGAUCAUUCUGAGGAUGGUGGGAGUGUGGAAUUUCUAUGAACAUGUAAUUGUGAUUCAUUGUAAUAUGUAAAUUAAAAUGUUUCUACCUUUAAUUGAAAAAAGAAAAAAGAAAGGCAGAGUAUACAGAGAAAGGAGACAGAUCUUCUAUCUGCUUGUUCAUUCCCCAAAUGGCCACAACAGCCAAAACUGGACCAGGCCUAAGCCAGGAGCGUCUUCCAGGUCUUCCACGCAGGUGCAGGGGCCCGAGCACUUGGGCCAUCUGCUGCCUUCCCAGGUGCAUUAGCAGGGAGCUGGGUCAGAAGUGGAGCAGCCCCAGUUCCUGGUAUUGCAGGUGGCAGCUUUACUGGCUACGACACAAUGCCGUCACCCUCCCCUCCACCACCACCACCUCUGCUUUAAGGAAGCCUGGGUGAUAAAGGCCAGAGAAGAGAUCUGGUGAGUGGGGCUGGUGGUGUGAUGUGACAUCGGCAUCCCAAGUGAUCGUGGGUUCAAAGUCUGGGCUUCUCCACUUGUGAUCCAGCUCCCCGCUACAGCCCCUGGGGAAGCAGCAGAAGAUGGCCCAAGUGCUUGGACCCCUGCACCCAUGUGGGAGACACGAAUGGAAUUCCUGACUUCUGGCUUGGGCCUGGCCCAGCUGCUGCUGUGGCAACCAUUUAGGGAGUGAAGCGGCAGAUGGAAGAGCUCUGUCUCUCUAACUGCCUUUCAAAUAAAAUAAAUCUCUAAAAACUAACUGAGUACAAUAGCUGGUGAGUCCCCUAGCAGGCAGUGAGAACACAUCGCAGGGGCCCGGGCCUGGUGUGGGUGCAGCACACCGUGGAAGCGUAUGAGACGCCUUCCUCCCGCCGACUGGGUCUACUUGGCUUAUAGAAGCAAAGAUAGCACCAGGGGCUCAUGGGGUGAACGGCCUGUGAGGCCCUCUUAGCUGUUGCCCGUGUUCACUGCCUUGUAUUACAGUAAGAAGAUGGGGCCGGUGCGUGGCUCACUUGGCUAAUCUGCCUGUGGCGCCGGCACUCUGGAUUCUAUUCCCAGUUGGGGCGCUGGUUCUGUCCCGGCUGCCCCUCUUCCAGUCCAGCGCUCUGCUGUGGCCCGGGAAGGCAGUGGAGGAUGGCCCAAAUCCUUGGGCCCUGUACCCGCAUGGGAGACCAGGAGGAAGCACCUGGCUCCUGGCUUCAGAUUGGCGCAGCGCCAGCUGCAGCGGCCAUUUGGGGGGUGAACCACCUUUGUCUCUCUCUCACUGUCUAACUCAGUGUGUCAAAAAAAAAAAAAAAGGUAAGAAGAUGGUUUUAUUCCCAUGCUGCCCAGGCAGAGUCCAUGGUGUGCCUAGGGACUCAUCUUUAAGGUCGUUGGUAAGGAGGCUGGGGAUCUGGCUGGCGGGUGGGUGGCUGCGAGGCCCGAGAUCUACAUCCAGUACUGAUACUUGGGAUCAGUCCUAAUGGGAGGUUGGUCUGAAGCUUGGGACGGGGAGCCAGGGACAUGGCCCAGCAAUGCAGCAGUGGCGGGAGGACAGCAGAGUCACCUCUGUAGGGGCCGUGGCACUCGGAGCCCAGGGGUCCUGUUGCAACACAGAGCCUUUGAGGCCGUUCGCUCUGCCACCCCUUGCCAAUCCCUGCAGUUCCUGCAUCGUUGGUUUAAGGCAGAACUAAAAGAUGAACAAGCUGCUCUUUUUUAAAGAAUGGAAUGGAAGGGAAACGUAGGUGUCGCGUAUUGAACUGGCAUAACGAUACGCUUUUAAGGUUCAGGGGUAGAAAAAGGAUCCGUGGAAGGCUAUUUCAGGCCAAACCACAAGUGACAGCGAACCUGGAGUUAACCUCUGCAAGUGUGGCUUACGUUUCUGAUAGAUAAUGAAAAGGUUAAAGUCAUAGUCAAGUCUUUGUCGGCCACCUCGUGUAUCUCCCAAGGCUGUGAGUGGCACCAAAGGGUGUACGGGCAAGAGGGGCUGGCACCAGGGCACAGCAGGGUGACCCCCGGCUUGGAACGCCAGUUCCCGUCCUGGACUGCUGUGAGUCGUGGGUUGUCCGGUUCCCAUUCAGCUUCCUGCUGAGGUGCUAGGAAGGCUCCAGAGGGUGGCUGUGGUGCUUGGGCCCCUGCCGCCCACAUGGGAGACCCGGAUGCAAUUCCCGGCUCCUGGCCCCAGGCUUCAAGGACAAAUGUGUCUACUUCCUGAGAGCUAAGAGCCCUUGACGAGGUAAGAGGUCACUGCACCCUCGUGUCUCCCGAAGUUCCUGUCUCGUUCCCUGCAGUGUCGCAGUAAGUGCUCAGCUUGAGUGCCCUGCUGCUGUGGGCCUGGAGGUACAGUUAGCGACGGGCCUUCCAGCUGUCCUGUGGUCUGAUGAUCCUGUUAGCAGCAAGCUGUCUGUCAGGUGGCCAUCAGACACUAGCCUGUGGUGUUAUGGUGUAGCGGGUGAAGCCGCUGCCUGUGACGUGGGCGCAGGUUCAAGUGCUGGCUGCUCUACUUCGCUCCAGCUCCCUGCUAGUGCGCUGUAAGCUUCAGGAGAACGGCUGAUGCAGGCAUCCUACAGGCAUGCCUCACACCCAAGGCUCUGCUCUGAUGGCUGUUAUGCAUUAAGAUUCUGCAGAGGCCGGCGCUAAGCCUCCACCUGUGGCACAAGCAUCCCUGUUGGGUGCCGGGUUCCGUCCUGGCUGCUCCACUUCCCAUCCAGCUCUGCUGUGGCCUGGGAAAGCAGUGGAAGAUGGCCCAAGUGCUUGGGCCCCUGUACCCAUGUGGGAGACUCGGAAGAAGCUCCUGGCUUCAGAUCAGCUCAGCUCCGGCCAUAAAAAGAUUCUGCAAAAUGUUUCCUUUGGAAGUAGGUCGCUGCAGGUAAAAGCAAACCCAGAACGUGGGGGCUUGGAAGUAUCCUGGAGCAGGUGGCAAUCAUGCUCCUGUGUGUGCUUCAAGUUCCCAUCUUCAUCUUCUUCACCAGCUGCAUGACCAGUGGCCGUCUGCUUUGGAAUUAUUUCUGGAAGAAGGCGCCAUGUGGAUAACUAGAUGGUCGUGGUGGUCAGUACCAGGGCCUGCCUGUGAUGCCGACAGAGAGUGAGCCCGUAAACACUGUGUUAGGGGCUGGCUCCUCAGGGUGUCCAGCCCGUCAGAGGCAAAGCAGAUCAGGAUUAGGAGACACAGCGGCAUGGAAGCGAGAGUGCUUUCUGUAGUCCAAGCUCUAAGGUUUUCCUAGGCAGACCUCACUGACCAACAUCCGGGCGCCCUGAUGGUUGCUGUGCCGACUGCCACUCUGGGGACGCCCCUCCCAUCAGCUUGCCUGUGAGGGCUGCCCAGCUGGGGCUGUGGGCUCUGCAACAGCUGUCCCCCACCCCUACCUCCCGCCAAGGUUGUCUCUGUCCUGAGCUGCCUGAGUGGUAAGUGACCCAUUCCUCCUAAGCAGAACCAGACUGGCCCCCACUGCUUUCCUUUGUCCCCAGCUGCCUGAUCUCUUGGCCACCAGGGGUAGAGGACAGAAUGGAAGGAAGCCCUUCAGUCCGGCCCUGAGCCGGUGGCUUGGUUUCCCUAGGACGGACUCUUGAAAUAAGUUUCCUCCGCUGCAGCCAGUGCCAUGCCGAACACCAAGUGAGCUGCUCACAGUCUGUAUGGCCCAGGACAAGGCAGUCAGGCCCCCCAAGCUCAGGACGGAGGCAGAGAACCCUGGGGAAGAACGGAACAGUGCUCACGCGGGUCCAUGCACACCGCGACCUGUCCCCAGGGCUCCAUGGAUGAAAAGGGGUCAGAGCGGGAAUAAUGGUCAGGUGGGAGCUCGCUUCGCAGCUGACAGGGAAGGAGGCAGAAUGAGAACGUUCUCUCCCUGGUGCCCCACAACAGCAGGCUUGGGCAGAACAGUGCUACUGGUGCGCGAUGGCCGGCUGGCUUUCCUCUGUGUGUUCUGUGGCCCCAGCAGAUCACUCUGAAAUGCUACAUCUCUGCCUGAUGGGACCGGCCUGUCUGUCUCUCCCUCCCUCGCUGCCACCCCGUAUUUUAACCUUGCUGCUGCAGAGGUUAAGCGGCUGUCAAAGUGUCCGGACAGCAUUCACACCCAGGCUGUUGGCCUCCGACGUCCAUGCUCUGGCUUCUGAGCCACAUGGGAUCGGCAGGAAUGCAACGCGGAAGCGAGUGGUGAGUGUGUGAGUUCCACAGUCACAGAGGACGAGGCCUGGGGCCUGGAUCAGAAGGGGUAGCUCCUGGGCCCCCAUUGCUAUGGGGGCUGCCAUGGUGGGAAAUGGCCUCGUAUUUGCAAGAAAUGGGAAAUACUGAAUAAAGGCUGAAACUUACAAAAUUGGUGUGAAAGCCUCUCUGAGCUGGGCUUGGAUUAGGGCAUUGCCAAAUACCCAUGGCUUACAAAUAUGGGGGUGGGCAUUUGGCCACUUAGUGGUCAGGACCCUGUUUGGGCAGGUUGGCAUUCAGCUGUCCCUGGGUCACCUGCAGCCUAUAUAUAUUCAAGUCCUGGGGUUCGAGUCCCACCUUGGCUGCUGACUUACCUUCUUGCUAAUGUGUACCCGGGAGGCAGCAGGUGAUGGCUCAAGUAGUUGGGUCCCUGCCACCUGAGUUCCUGGCCCCUUGCUCUGGCCCAGCUCAGCCUUGGCCACUGCACACAUUUGUGAACCAGCAGAGUGGAACUCUCUGCCUCUACCUCCCCGAUAAAUCAGAAUAAAUAUAAUAAAAGUGCAUGACAUACACCAGGUAUCACACAGUUUCUCCACUGUAAUAAAACAAAUUAGACAAUUUAUCCCUGUUUUAAAAAAAAUCCUCAAGGGGCCAGCAUUGUGGUGUAGCAGAAGAGAUGGCCGGAGAACUUGGGCCCCUGCACCCACAUGGGAGACCUGGAAGAAGCUUCUGGCUCCCGGCUUCCGCCUCGCCCAGUCCUGGCUGUUGCAGCCAUUUGGGGAGUGAACCAGCGGAUGGAAGAUCUUUCUCUCCUUCUCUCCCUAUAUCUCUGCCUUUCAAGUAAAUGAAUAAAUCUUUAAAAGAAGAAGAAGAGGAGAGAGCCAGCGUUCUCGCACAGCGGGUUAAGCCACUGCUUGCAAUGCAGGUACCCCUGCUGCUGCUCCUGGAAAGGCAGUGGAGAAUGGCUCACGUCCUUGGGCCCAUGACACCAAGAUGGAGUUCUGGGCUCCCAGCUUUAACAUGGCCAGGCCCUUGGGAGUAAACCAGCAGCUGGAAGAUCUCUCUUUGUCUCUACCUUUUGAGUGAAUGAAAAUAAAGAAAUGAACCUUGAAAAUAAACAGUAGGCGCCGGCACUGUGGUAGUGGGUAAAACUGCUGCCUGCAGUGCCGGCAUCCCAUAUGGGCGCUGGUUUGAGUCCUGGCUGUUCCACUUCUGAUCCAGCUCUCUGCUAUGGCCUGGGAAAGCAGUAGAAGAUGGUCCAAGGCUUUGGGCCCCUGCACCCACGUGGGAGACCCGGAGGAAGCUCCUGGCUCCUGGCUUCAGAUCAGCGCAGCUCUGGCCUUUGAGGCCAACUUGGGAGUGAACCAUUGGAUGGAAGAUUUCUUUCUCUCCUUCUCUCUCUGCCUCAGCCUCUGUAACUCUGCCUUUCAAAUAAAUAAAUCUUAAAAAAAUAAUGAAAGAAAAUAAACAGCUUGGGCAGGUGCUGUGGCAAAGUGGGUUAAGCGCCUUGGCGCUGUCUUUCCGUAUAGGCACUGGUUCAAGUCCCAGCUGCUCCACUUCUGAUCCAGCUCUCUGCUAAUGUGCCUGAAGAAGCAAUGGAAGAUGGCCCAAGUGCUUGAGCCCCUGCCACCCACAUGGGAGACCCGGAUGAAGCUCCUGGCUCUUGGCUUUGGUCUGGCCCAGCUCCAGCCAUUGCAGCUACUGGGGAGUGAACCAGCGGAUGGAAGAUCUCUCUCUCUCUCUCUCAAAGGAGGAGCUGUAGACACACUGGGACAACGCCUUGUAAUGGAGGCACAGACUAGGACGAUGCCUCUCGAAGCCAAGGAAUGCCAGAUUUGUCCAUAACCACCAGAAGCCAGGAAGAGGUAGAGACAAAUUCUUUCCAAAAGCAUUCAUGUUGGACUUGAAAAAAUAACAGGGACCUUGGAAAGAGCAAGACCUCCAGAGAAUGGGGACAGAGUCCUGGAAGCCACAGCAGGGCUUAAAAGUGGCCACUGAAGGGUGGCUUCUGCCGGCUGGAAGUACAGAGCAAGGUGUUCUGGGCAAGGGAAUUUCAGGAGAAAAGGCACAGAGGACGCACUGGAGAGCUCCAUGAGCAGUGCCCCGCUUCCCAGGCGGCGUCACAGAUGACCACAGACUGGGUGGCUUCAAGUGACCGGGCUUUAUUCUCUGCAGUCCAUUGUACCAAUGUAAAUUUUUCAAAAAGUACUUUCUUUCAUUUUGCAUUAUUUUAUAGAGAGAGACGGAGAGAGAGAGAGAGCCUCCAUCUGCUGAUUCACUCCACAAAUGUCUGCGGCAGCCAGGACUGGGUUGGCCGAAGCCAGGAGCCCAGAGCUGAACCCAGGUCUGGGCAGGGGCCCAAGGACUUGACCUGACCCAUCGCUGCUGCCUCUCAGUGUGUGCUUUAGCAGGGAGCUGGAUCAGAGCAGAGGCGCUGGGACUUGAACCCAGGUACUCUAGGAUGGGCUGCGGGCAUCCCGAGAGACAGCUUGACCACCGCACCAAAUGCCUGCCCCAUUGCUUUAGUUUUGACAAACGUACCGUGAUUAUGUAAGAUGUUAAUAUUAGAGAAGCCGGGUGAAGGGUAUACAGGAAUUCUCUAUACUAUCUGCAACUUUCCUGUGCACUUGAAGUUUCUUUUUUGCCCAAAAUUAAAAUUUACUUUAAAAAAUGAAAAUGGGGCCCAGCGCUGUGGUGCAGUGGGUAAAGCUGCCGCCUGCGAUGCUGACAUCCCCUAUAGGCACGAGUUGAUCGGGCUGCUCCCUUUCCAAUCCAGCUCCCAGCUAAUGGCCUGGGAAAAGCAGUGAAAAAUGGCCCAAGUGCUUGGGCCCCUGGCACUCACAUGGGAGACCCAGAUGAAGUUCUUUGCUCCCCGGCUGUUGCAGCCAUUUGGGGGAGUGAACCAGAGGAUGGAAAACCCUUCUCAUUCUCCCUUUCUCUCUGUAAGUCUGACUUUCAAAAUAAAUAAAUAAACCCGAGUUUCCAUGUGUUCUCUGAUCCA